UAUAAUUUAGGAUAAUAAAAAAAUAGGAAUAAAUUUGUACAUAUCAAGAUAUUCGUAGAUAUUUUUGAAAAGUAUUUAUUAUCUGUAUUGGAAAUUAAUGAUCUCAUUAAUGCUCUCUUAUACAUUGAUUCUAAUUGAUUUUACUAAAUAUAUUAUUAUGGAAUAUUAACGAGUACAAAAAAUAUGUAUAAUUCUUUUAAGUAUUUAAUUUAAAAUUCAUAUAAUUUACAAUUUACGAAAAAUUGAUUAUUUUAAAGAAAAAAUUCUUAUUAGAAAUCGAUUUUUCUAAAGUAACGAUUCUACGGAGCUCGAUUUACUUGAAAUAUUCACGAGAGUUCAAUAUUUAAUACGUUAUGAAACUAUUUUUAACCACUUUGCGUUCCAAUAUUCCUUUAUGCAACGCUUGGAAUUUACGUUUCUUAGAGAAGGUCGAUAGAAACUAAGACAGUAAUUUCCUUUUACAAAAAUAACAGGCCUGUGAAUCAUAAUAUAAUAUAGACCGAUAAAUUUAACACUGCUCCAUUUAAACUCUAAAGAUAAACAACUGACCAACAAGCCAGGUGCUUUAUGUGGGCAUGUGUGCCCCCUCCAAUCCUCUUCAGCUAAGAUCAAUAAUCCUAACUGAAGGGAGACGAUGGUUGUAUUCAGUGAGAAGGGGUGCGUGAAUCAAGUCAUUCUAUAGGUAAAGCCUGUUGCUGCUACCACAUUUUGCAAGUUUGCAAAACGUGCUGUAUUAAACGUCACAUUAAUUGUCUAUUGUAAGACUGAGUACCAAUUAUAAGAUUCAGUGAUGUGCUGUGGACAUAUCGAGAGAUUAUGGAUAGACUGGCUAAUUGGACUAAUGGUAUAAACGCAACAAUCCCAGUCACAGGACAGAACUGUGCAUCAAAUUCAUCAAACUCUGCGUUUCUAGACAAAUCACUGGUCACUGCACCGUCGUGGAGUGCGAUACAACAAGACAUAAGAUGGGCAUUUCUACUACAUGCAUACAGCUUUGCAUGUCUCUUCUUUGUACUAGGGUUUUACACAUUUUUCUCUAUUCUAAAUUUAAGAUCUCUCAUAUCAACUAGGCCGUUUAUGUCCACGAUUAACAUAUUCUUAUGUUUACUCGGGGCAUCAAGAGCCGCUUCCUUGUUCAUAGAUGCGUAUAAUCUUAAAGAAAUUCUGCCCAAAGUUAUUGGCUCAAUUAUAUGGGACAUUGGAUAUCCAUGCAUUACGUCUGCCUUUUGUUUGAUACAACUAGCUUUCCUGCAACUGACAAAGCUGAAAUUUGGUCCAGAAAAGAUACAGAAGGAAUCAUGCCUCAGCCUCAUUAUAACAGCACAUUUCUUUUUUGUAAUCGCCAGCGACAUUGUUCUAUCUUCCCACAAUUGCUACAUGGCAAAAUACAUGGUACAAGCGGCGUUUCUCGUUUGGAGCGUUCUUCUAUACCUCGCGUUCUUACAUGCAGCUUACAAAAUUGAUCAUUUGCUUCGGACUAUGCCAACUAGUAUGUUGACACGGGAUAAUUCCAAUGCACAUCAAAAAGGUAUCAUGCAACUUGCAAUGUUGGCACCGUAUAGCAAUCUGGCGACUUCAGUUGCUGCCGCGCUGGUACCUACUUUACUUGGUCCGGCUAAGAUGAAGGACCCGGAGGAAAAUCAAUCUAUAAACGUAACUAAGAGUGUAGAGCAAGCACCUACAGAAGAAGAAUCACGAGUCACAAUUACCGCCAAGGUGUGCAAGAUAGAGGGACCAGCGCAAAAGGAAGUACAGAAUGCUACGAUACCUACGUGCACCGUACAAUUACCGUCUCAGGAACACAAGUCGUCGGUACCGGAAGUCUAUGUUAGACCACCUACUCCUACUCCGUCGACCGCUAAUUUGCCGAUUAUAACCGUGUCUAGUCCAAGUCGUAGAAGCUCUAUGGCCAGCCGACGAGGCAGUGACACAUCUACUAAAUCCUCACGCAGAAAUUCGGAAUGUAGCGUUAGAUUUGUAAAUGAGGAAAAUGGGUCCACGGAAUAUAAACGCACGACGGAAGGUAGUCCCAGACCCUUGCCGAGAAUGCGAGAGGACUUUGAGAGAAACCGUUCGCCCGAAAGUCCACGACGAUACUCGGAAAAUAUUACGCCGACAGGUAGUACCAAGGAACUAAGACGAUGCUCCGAUUUUACCCACGAGAAAAAUCGUGGCUCGCAGUUUGCAACCAAGCUACGAAGGAAUAGCGAUUUUGGUAACAGGACGCCCAGAAGAAUGUUGCCAUCUGACGAACAAUCUAGAUUACCGAAAGUUCUGGAUGUGAGCCCCGCAGGUUCAAGACGCAAUUCCGAUAUUGGUACUUUCAUGCCACCACCUAGACCCGACUCACGUAGAAAUUCCGACAGUUCCUAUCGACGUAACUCUGAAUUCAUUCAUAUUAAACCGUUAAUUAUAAAUCGUCGAAGCAGCGAUAUCAGUAUCAGAACUUUGGAUAGAAGUCCUACACACUUUCAGAGUAUAGUACCUGUUAAGAUGGAGGUGCAGGAGAAAUCUGAAUCAGAUUCAGAUCAUCCUGAUUGUAGUGAGAAAGCGGCACUGAUGAACGAAAAGUCAAAGAACAAAGACGAAGAGCCGAAAGUACGCAAAAAAAACUUAUCAUGGAAUGAUAAAAAUAUUGAAGAUCCGGAAGACAUCACGCCGGAGACUAACUUGCUUCCCGAAAAUACGUCUGGUGAAGCAAGAGUAAUGGGGACGGAUUUUACUCUACACUCGAUACUGAAUCACAUUGCGUAUGUGAAUCGAGCAAAAUCCGAUACACCGCUGCAUAUACCGGAAGCGGAUACCGCAGUUGCCAGGAAAUCUCAGAUGCAAAAAGUAUUAAACGUUACGCGCGCUACUGCAAUUAUAGGGAUCCUUUUAUGUGUCACGGAUGCCUUUCGUAUUUUUGGACCAUACGGAAUCUUUGCUGAAACCGUACCAUAUGGUACAGAACCAGCACCGACGCAGUUUCCCAUACCGUGGCCAUGGCUCCUAUAUCAAACAAUACCCAGGAUAUUUGAAUUUAUGAUGGGCUGUGCCAUGGCGAAUAUAACUAAACAGCCAUCAGUAAGUCCACGACAUCAAUACUUGAGUAAUUAUCCUAAUUAUUCCCCGCGCGUAAAUCGAGGAAAUAAUCCUUAUAUAUGAAGCAAUAGUUCAAUAGUUUAUAUAAGCGUAAUCAUAAUCCAAAAACCGAGAUGCCAAAUAAAAGUUUUUAAUUUCUUUCAUUAAA